AUGACUGUAGAACAGAAAAAUGGUGCCUGGAUCCUGGGUUACGGUUCUCUCAUUUAUAAACCUCCUCCACACUACCAAUACAGAAUACCUGCUGUCAUUCAUGGAUAUAUUAGAAGAUUUUGGCAAUCUUCCAUAGAUCACAGAGGCACUCCGGACUAUCCAGGAAGAGUCGUAACUUUGGUACCUUACGAUGAAAUCAUCUCUACUCCCGCUUAUUUAAACGAUGUCAAGUAUUACAAUAACUCUACCUCCUCAGAUUUAUUGAAACUAUCCGAUUGCAGCACUUUGGGUGUCGUCUAUUAUAUCUCUCCAGAAUUCGUAGAUAAAGUCAAAACCUAUUUGGACGUAAGAGAACAAAACGGUUACACUUUGCAUAAAGUUAAAGUACAUCUAGAACCAAACGCUUCACAACAUAACAUUGAUGAUCUAAACCAUCUACUAGAUGAAUUACCGUCUGACACAUUAACAGGUAAAAAAAUUUUGGAAACUUCUGUCUAUAUAGGAACAAGCGAUAACGAAGCAUUUGUGGGUGCAGAAAAUAUUAAAGACACUGCAAAAGUUAUAGCUACUUCAAUAGGUCCAAGUGGUUUAAAUUACGAAUAUCUAAAACUAUUGCAUGAUUCUUUAUUAAUAAUUCAAGAAAACAGAUCGGAUGAUGCUAUUAGCGAUAAUUAUCUGGUAGAACUAUUGAAAAACGUAAAUUCUAUAAAAGAUUCUUAA